AUGUUUAAUCCACAUGUCUUAGAUGUCCCAGCCGUAAUUUUUGACAAUGGUUCGGGACUCUGUAAAGUGGGGUUUUCCAGAGAGACUGGACCUCGUCAUAUUAUCAACUCUGUCGUGGGGCAUCCUAAAGUUAACAUUCCUUCCAAAAGAGGCAAUAAGAAGAAGUACUUUGUCGGGGAGGAAGCCCAGUCCAAGUAUGAGACAUUAUAUUUGCAUUACCCCAUUGAACGUGGACUGAUAACAGGAUGGGAUGACAUGGAGCAACUCUGGAAAUACCUGUUUAAGUACCGCCUGGGAGUAAAACCCUGUGACCAACCUGUACUGAUGACGGAGCCCUCCUUGAACCCAAGGGAGAUUCGAGAGAAGCUUGCUGAAAUGAUGUUUGAGAACUUUAAUGUGCCUGCUCUUUACCUGUCCAACCAUGCCGUGGUAGCUCUCUAUGCCUCUGCUCGCAUCACAGGCCUGGUGGUGGACAGUGGACAUGGGGUCACCUGCACCGUCCCCAUCUUUGAGGGUUACGCCCUGCCUCAUGCAGUCACCCAGCUCUAUGUGGCAGGGAGGGACAUCACGGAGCACCUCAUCCAACUCCUCUUUCCGAGAGCAUGUAUUUUUCCUCGCACACUGAACAAGGCCUUGGUGAAUGAUAUUAAAGAGAAGCUGUGUUAUGUUUCUUUGGAGCCAGAGAAAGAGCUAUGCAAGCCACCUAAGGAAGUCUUUCGAGAAUACAGACUUCCCGAUGGGAAUGUCAUCCACAUUGACCACCAAUUAUACCAAGCACCAGAGGUUCUCUUUGCACCUGACCAGCUAGGCAGCCAGAGUCCAGGACUCUCAACAAUGGUCUCCAGCAGCAUUAUGAAGUGUCCUGGUGAUAUACAGAAGAACGUUUUUGCAGACAUUGUACUCUGUGGGGGAACCACACUUAUUCCUGGACUGAAGGAAAGGCUCACAAAAGAACUAGAUCAACAGGUUUCCAAAGGAACACCCAUCAAGAUCAUGACUUCUCAAGAUAGAUGUUUUUCUGCAUGGAUUGGUGCAUCCAUAAUGACCUCUGUAAGCUCUUUCAAGCAGAUGUGGGUCACUUCUGAAGAUUUCAAGGAGUUUGGUGCAUCUGUAGUUCAGAGAAGAUGCUUUUAA